AUGGAGAAUUCCGACGAUUCAUCAUUGUCUUCGGAUCUUCCAAUACCAAAUGAAAUCUCAAUCAGCUGUUUUGCCUUGGUUCCAAGACGCUACUAUCCAGCACUAUCUCUUGUCUCCAAGCCCUUCUGUGAUCUCAUCUCUUCCCGUGAGCUUUGCGUCGCACGCUCACUCGAACAAGGCGCUGAAAAAGUUAUUUACGUCGCCUUGAGACUCCGCCUCGAAGAAACCCAUUGUUGGUACUCUCUCAACCAAAAGCCUUUCAAAGACGAAUCUGUUUUGGUUCCUAUACCUUCUUUCCCUCGUAUUCCUUUUUGGGGAUCUUCCGUGAUCGCUGUCGGUUACGAGAUGUACGUUUUUGGUGGAUGCGUCGAUGGAGAGCUUACCUCUAAUGCCUUCGUAGUCGACUGUCGGUUUCCGUGUCACACGUCUCGUUCUCUCCCGAGCAUGCGUGUGGCACGUGGCUGCGCGGCUACGGGUAUUAUAGACGGGAAGGUGUAUGUGAUGGGAGGGUGCGAGGCGCGUUCCGUUGAUUGGAUCGAAGUGUUCGAUCUCGAGACGAAGACUUGGGAGAGUGUUUCUGGUCCAUGGAAUGUGGAGUUAGAGAAGAGAUGGGAGAUUGAAACUGCGUUGAAUAGAGGAUGGAGGGUUGCUUCAUGCGUGAUCGACGACAUGUUGUACUCUUUUGGAGAGAAGAAUCAUAUUUACGUGUAUGAUCCGAGUACAAAGGUUUGGAGUGUUUUGAAAGGUGUGGAAGAUCUACAUGAGAAGUAUUUAUGGUCUAGGCUGGCGAAUUAUGGCGGUAAACUCGCGGUUUUGAUUAACGUUGGUGAUAAGGGGGUUACGGAGAUUAUCAGUACGGUGAUUGAAUUGGAAAGGCGCCAAGAAGGAGAGUUUUGGGGAAAGAUUUUGUCGUCUAAUCGUGCGCUUGCUUUAGACGUUUCAUCCAAGAUUGUCAAAUGUCUUACCGUAACCAUUUGA